CCUGUAACAUUUGAGAACAAGAAUAACUCCGACAAUAGUAUAUAAAACCGCAUUGAUGUUUACAUCAAAGCAGAAUAUUUUUCAAACUCAAAGUAAUUACAGCAAAAUGUCUUCGACUUUUGUUUUUCUAAUGCUUGUCGCAGUUGUAGCUUCAAGAAAUAUAAUGUUGGGGCCGCCAAUGAUGAGAGGUGAGUGUGGCCCCAAUGCAUUUUGGUCUGAAUGUGCAUCACCCUGUCUAACAACUUGUAGUAAUUAUAAUGACAUUAGAAACAUUUGUCCAGCGGUCUGUACGGUCGGCUGUGUUUGCGAGAGAGGACGUGUCAUACAUGAUGUCACUCGCCAAUGUGUUUUAAUAUCCGAAUGUAAAACAUAAUUUCGAAUAAACCGCAAAUUAAAAAAGCCACAAUAAAUAAUUUACAGC